AUGAACGUACCAUGGCUUGAGACAGAAGUACAGCAAGAGCUAACUCGUGAGAAAUUUGCAGCAUGGAGAGCUACUUUUACAUCGAAAGAAAUUCAGCUACAACGAACACUUGCUGCCGAACGAAGUAUGAAUAAACGAGCUACUGCAUCACCAAAACAAGCUGAAGAACAGCGCGUGAAAGUUUUCGAAGCAGUUCAAUGGCUUAGACAGAAUAAUCCUCCAUAUCGUAAUAUUACAAUUAAUCAAUCAAUAAUCAACAAAUUACCUGACGAUGAUGUACCGGAGUGUUUGUGGGCGACCAUGGAGAUUUCUACUAAUGUAGAAGCAGUUGAAAAUGAAAGAGCAAGUUAUGUUCCUGAUCCGUUGAUCAAUGCAUCUAAAUUUAACAAUACAACAGCUAUACCCAUAAUCUCAAGUGCUAUGUUAGAUGUCAAUGGUACCAAAGUGUCAUCGAAUGACGUUGCAGAACAUCUUUUACAACGAAUCAAAGCACAAGCGUCAGAAAAAACAUACGAAAAAGACACCGAGCAUAACUCCUCACAAGACAUUGUUUACAUAAUUUCUUGUGGCAACAAACCAGCUAAUGAAUAUUCUAAUCCAAACCUUUUAUUAGGAAUCUUUCCCACACUAUUUCCAUAUGGACGUGGUGGGCUUGAUGAUGGUUUUCGGCCGAUUCGAAUCAAUUUUCGUGAGCACCUAAGAUAUCUUCUUUCGUAUGCAGAUCACCGCUUUGAACAAAACUACUCAUUUAUAUUUGUUGUCUUCAAUAUUUUACAACAUCGAACAGCAUGUUUCCAUGCCCAAUUAAUGACAACAAGACCGUGGUUUCAACAAUCUGCACAAGUUCUUAACUCAUUGAGUUCUGAAGAUGUAGCAGGAGCCCUUAUUAAUAUCUCACAAGCACCUUAUUCAAAAGUUACUGACGAGAGAAUAAAUCCGUUGAUGAAGCAUACCAAAAUUAUUGGUGGUCAUGUCAUGGGCUCAGCUUUUUCACGAUCAGCUCUUCAUGAAGCCAACGACGGAACAAGUGCAACAAGUGACAAGAGAACAUUAAACGGAGGAACUGAACCGAUAGCAAGUGAAGUUAUACUAGCAUGUCUCCCAACGGCAAAUCCUGCGUUGGAAAACUUUGGUCAAACCUCUAGCAAAGAUGUAGUUCAAUUCGUCGAAAUCUGCAAUAUUCACAAGCAUUCUGCUACUUGCUAUAAAUAUUCUAAAGGCAAAAAUAAUGGUUCAAAAAUUUGUCAAAUGUGCAUGCCACGUCCACUAGCGAAGAGCGAAAAUAAUUAUGGUAUCAUACACGACGUCCAUACAUUUGUCGUAGCUCGCGAGCAUCAUGCGGCCAUGAUUAAAGAAUGGAAACGUGAUAUUGAAGCCCGACGAGAUGAAACAAGAAACUAUUUAAUUAUUGCAGGUGAAGAUACUCUGGAAGUACGAGGUGAUGAAAUACAGAUUGAAGUCGUAGGUACUGAAAUUCCAACGAACCCCAUUAAAACGAAAGUUACGAGAGUCCCACCGGUGACUAUAACCAAUUCAAUCUUAUUUCCAACAACACAAGAUAUUAUCAGACAAUUUACACUAAAUACUCAGCAAAAAAUGCUUUCAGGAUUAUAA